AUGGUCGCCUUCACUACCCUCCUGGGUAUUGGCUGCAUCUUUUCGGCCGUCCCGUUGGUCUGUUCUCAGAGUUAUUAUGGCUGCCAUAGCCGUGGAGGCACUGUGUUCUGCACUGUGCCUGAUGGAAAGGACAUUCCCGUUGGCAGCCAGGUAGCCCCGACGCAAACACAACCGCCCGCCGUGUUGGCUGCCGCCUCUGUUGCUCCUCAAACAACUGCGGUCACCGGUUGCCAUACACACGGCACGCAAACAUUUUGCAUCGCGGGCGACGGGCAAGAGGUUCAGGUCACCGCGACUGGAACAGCAACAGCAGAACCUCCUUCUCAAUACACAGGCUGCCACACUCAUGAAUCUGAAAAAUUUUGCAUAGCUCCCAACGGCGAUGAGGUGCAGAUUCUCCUUCCAUCCCAAACCUCCACAUCGGCCGGUGGCCAUGGGGCGAUGGAACCCGAGCACAGAGAAAAUUGUCAUUUCCAUGCCGGUGUAGAGCAUUGCGGGAGCGAGGGCGAAUCCGAACUUUCGGAGCCACCUUCGUGUGAACGAAAAGAUCGAGACUACAAUAUCCCCCUCCGAAUCGGGUCACUCUUUGCCAUUCUCGCUACCAGCGCCAUUGCCGUGUUUGGCCCAAUGUCAUGGGCUCGACUCUCCAAUACGGGCAUGAACGGGUUGGUUUUCACGGUCAUUAAACAGUUUGGCACUGGAGUUAUGGUGUCAACUGCGUUCAUACAUCUGAUGUUCAGCAACCCAUGCUUGGGGACUUUGACGUACGAAGCAACCACAGGGUCAAUUGCCAUGGCCGGCAUCUUCCUCUCGUUUCUAGUUGAAUAUGGCGGAAACCGAUUCCUUCUCACAAGAAAACCUGAUUGCAACCCGCACGCCUAUUGCGAUGUCGAACCCCGCGUCGAAUCCCGAGUAGAACCCCGGCGGACUACGGCAAAAUCCAUCGACGGAAGCGACACCGAACGGGCUGCUCCCACCCUAACCAAUCUCGGCCACCACCACCACUCCUUGGCUCGACCAGACGACAAGCUAAGCGUAGUGGUGAUGGAAGCCGGCAUUAUCUUUCACUCAAUCAUCAUCGGGCUUACACUCGUCGUCGCCGGCGACUCCAGCUACACAAGCCUCUUUAUCGUAAUCAUUUUCCACCAGAUGUUCGAAGGUCUCGCGCUAGGCGCGCGAAUCGCCAAGCUCGGGUCUGCCCUCACGCCCACUUCGGUGGGCAUGGCGGCAGUCUUCGCGCUAAUAACCCCCGUCGGCAUGGCGGUCGGGCUGGGUGUGAUCCGCAAGUUCAACGGCAAUGACCGGUCAACCCUCCUUGCCAUCGGCACUCUGGACGCGCUGUCGGCCGGCAUCUUAACUUGGGUUGCGCUGAUUGACAUGUGGAGCCAUGACUGGCUGUAUGGCGAUUUGCACGAGGCAGGAAUCGUCAAGACAGGCCUGGGCCUUCUGUCGUUGGUGGCUGGCAUGGUUUUGAUGGGAUUGCUGGGUAAAUGGGCGUGA